CAAAGCCAACCCAACUUUAAUAUAAUCCCUUUUCCCUUGUAAUAAUCACUUGUCUUUAUCGAAAGCAUAAUGACUAAGCAAGCCAGAAGAAGAGAGGCGGCGACUAUCAUCGGUGCUCCGUCCGGAAUAUCAGCGGGGGCGGACUUAGUUGCCAACAACGUCGAUCUCCUCACAGAAAUCCUUCUAUGGUUGCCGGUGAAAUCCACAUUCCGAUUCAAGUGCGUGUGCAAGCAUUGGCUCUCUCUCCUCUCCGACUCCCAAUUCGCCACCAACCACUCCACCCGAAACCCCAGACCCUCCUCCAUCUCAGGCUUGUAUUACUACAUCAAACAAACACACAGAUCCGUCUCCCUUCAUGGCUGCGGCCGUAAUAUCCUGUCUCUCUCCUUCCUCAAAGAUUCUAAAGCGCAAUCCACAGUUUUGGUUGAAGACUAAUGGGUUACUGUUGUGCUAUUAUUAUGGUCGUGCCCGUGGUAGUGAUUUUAAAUUGCAAUUCAUUGUUUGUAAUCCAACCACAAAGAAUUACGCAGUACUUCCUAAACUUGAUGGAUUAGCUACUGCUUGCCAUGGUUACUUGGCUUUUGAUCCUUCAAAAUCUCCUUACCAUUACAAAGUAGCAUUGUUCGAUUACCGCCCGGACCAUUAUCAAAUUCACGUCUACAGUUCGCAGAGUUUAUGUUGGAGAAAGGUUUUCCCAGACCAAAAUUGUUUUGGUUUUGGUCGUGGUGUCUUUUGGAAUGGAGCAAUCCAUUGGCCAACCGAUGACCAUUUUCUGAAGAGAUUUGACGUUGAUGUAGAGGAGAUAAUAGCAAUGCCAAACCCUCAAUCGCCCAAAAUUCUUUCCCGAUACAGAACUAUGUAUUUUGGAGGAUGUGGUGGCGGUUUGAUUCUUAUUCAGUCUCCUUCAUACUGCCCUAGCGAAUUCAGUAUCCUUGAGCUGGAAAAGGAUUACAGUGGUUGGGUUGUCAAGUGCCGGGUCAAUCUUAGGCCCUUAAUAUCAGAAUUUCCUGAGAUGGAAAGUAGAAGCCACAAGAACUCCAAUAGUUAUAGCGUGCUGCAUGCUGUGGAGGGAGAGAAUGGAAGUGAUUUUGCUCUCUUGUUAGCUACUCCUAGAAGAAUUAUUUCCUAUAACCUGAAGUACAAGACAUGGAAUGUGCUUCGUGAUCUAAUGCUGCGUGAGUCAAAAAAAAUUUGUUUGAAAAGUUAUGCUUUUCCCUUUAUGGAAACUUUAUUUCCAGUUUGAAGAGAAUCGAUCUUAUGUGUUGGAGGCUUGGAGCACGUAUUGAUCACUUUUUGUGUUAAUUAUGAAUGAUGCUAGUAGUAUUUUUUAGUGCUGUUUUCUUGUAGUAGUUAGUUGUGCUUGGAAUUCUAUUGGA